AUGGCAUCACGAAUCGAGCAUCUUGCCCAGCCGAAACCCAACCUACUCAAAUUCCCUGACAGGCGGUCUGUAUACUGGUUGGAUGAACUUCCAGCAAAAUCAAAGCGCUCCACCACUGCAUUUGAGCUCACAUCACGUUGGUCCCAGCUGUCAGAGAGGAAAAAGAUUAUUACUCACUAUGAGGACAACAGAGAGUCUCCUGAAUGGAAGGUGAGCACAGCUGCAUUGAAGGCUCAUCCCUCUGAAAGAGUGUGUUCACUCGCUCAACCCCGUCCACCUGCAGCUGGCUGGCAGCCUGAUCGCCCCCUGUUGUCCACAUUUGGUAUGGGAGUGAGAACUAAGGCUAAAGCGAGUCCCCGGAUCUGCCAGCUUGCUCAUCCAAAAAAGACAAGAAUGGCAUUGGCUCCAUCAUUCAACAGCACUAAUAGCAAUUUGACACUUCCUCCACAAGCCAAGCCUUCUUCUCGUAUACAUCUCCUGGCCAUUCCUAAAAAGGAGCAUCCUCAUUACCGUCCAGAUCGACCUGUGAGCUCACACGUGCCAAAGUCCGUCCUGGAGGCUGGAGCCAGUGAGAGGCUGCAGGUGCUGGCCAGACCAAAGCCGCGCAAACCUCUUAUUGAGGGAUUCGACCCCUAUAAAGUGAGCUCAGCUGCUCGUGCUGCUACUGCAUCCCCAAGAGUACAGGAACUAUCACUGCCCGUGGCACGCAGAUGCAGGACGAAAUCAGUCCAAGACUAA